AUGACAACAAUCCAUCCAGCCACUGAAAACUUGAUUACACUUCGCCCUGCUUUAUAUGAACAAACAGCUGUUCCCGGAGAAGCCACCCACACAAUACCAACUGGGCCAGCUACACGAAUGUGGCAAUACGUUACAAGCCACGUGGACUGUCCAUUCGUCCAUCCAUUCAAAGGCUCAUCUACGUCAUCACGUCUCCUGCACAUCAAGUUGUGUCAUCACUACCAGCCUUGUGUUAACAACUUUCAAGAGGGAGUUCAACCUUAUCUUAUCGCACUGCCUUUAGGUUUUGAAUAUCAUCCUGGCUAUCAGACGAACUGCAUGUCUGAUGCCCUCAUGAUCGCUAUUGCAGCACCUUAG